AAAUAAUAUGGAUGUUCUAUUCAGCUCACUGUUUGUUAUGAGACCUGGUUCACAACCUGAAUUGGAUUUUGAUAUACUAGGACAACUGCCGAAUGAAAUUGGAUCAAUGAUAUUGAGAUAUCUGGAUGGCAAAAGUCUUUUAAAGGCAGCCACAGUUAGCAAGCGAUGGAACAGCUUGUGCAGAGGAGACAAGAAACUGAGACAAAGAGGACGUCAACAACUCAGAAUGAUGAAGAAGAGGAAGAAGGAGCAGAUCUAUGGAACACUAAAAAGAUCUUCCUAUGUUCCCGUUGAUGAAGUGCCAGCAUUCAGGCCUAAAACCUCUAGGAAUGUGGUUCGAAGUAUUCAGAAGGACCUGAAACCUAUUGAAGCACCAGCAAUUCCACGCACAAAUGAAAAUAUAUUGGAGGAAUUGAAAAUCAACUUGGAAAGCAGCGUGAAGAUUCAGAGGCUUAAGAAAUCACUUUCAAGUCAGCAGAAGAGAAGAUUACUGCGACAUUAAACAAAUUAUUUACGUUUUGUAC